AUGCAUUUCUUCUCAAAGAGAGGGAGUGCCCUGACCGCGUUAUCAUGGACACUCUCCUUAAAUCUAGGCCUCACCCUAGCGGCAGCAGAGUCGGCUGCGGAUUAUUAUGUUCGAGAUUUACCGGGGGCCCCUACUGGUCCUGCGCUGAAGAUGCAUGCUGGACAUAUCGAAGUCGACGCGGAGAACAACGGAAAUUUAUUCUUCUGGCACUUCCAGAACCAACAUAUCGCGAAUAGACAGCGGACUGUCAUCUGGCUGAACGGUGGUCCGGGAUGCAGUUCUAUGGAUGGGGCUCUAAUGGAAGUGGGACCAUACCGUCUGAAGAACGACCAUACUUUGACCAUUAACGAAGGCUCGUGGGACGAGUUCGCCAAUUUGCUCUUUGUGGACCAGCCGGUUGGCACGGGCUUCAGCUACGUUGAUACAGACCACUAUGUCCAUGAGUUGGACGAAAUGGCCUCCCAGUUCAUGGUGUUCUUGGAGAAAUUCUUCGAAAUAUUCCCCGAAUAUGACAAUGAUGAUGUUUAUCUCGCUGGUGAAUCCUACGCGGGCCAACAUAUCCCAUAUAUCGCAAGGGCUAUUAAUAAACGCAACGAGGAAGCUUCAAAGGCUGGGAAGCAGCAAUGGCCUCUUCGUGGCUUGCUGAUUGGAAAUGGCUGGAUUGGUCCUGCAGAUCAAUACCCUUCCACUUUCGAGUUUGUCGAACGAGAAGGUCUGAUCGAGCCAGAUACCCCAACAUACCAAACCCUGCAAGCCCUGAAUGAUGCCUGUCAAUCCAAACUGGAGGCCCCUGGGGCUCGCGACAGAUUGGCAAUCCCCGCGUGUGACUUGGUCAUGUCGCAGUUCCUCGAUCUCACUCUCGACGAUCAGAAGCAGUGUUAUAACGUUUAUGAUAUCCGUCUUAAGGACUCACACCCUUCGUGCGGCUUGAACUGGCCUCCAGACUUGGUGGAUAUUGAGCCUUAUCUUCGACGACAGGAUGUCAUUAAAGCGCUGAACAUCAAGCCGGCUAAGAUGACCGGCUGGACAGAGUGCUCAGGCAAGGUCGGCGGUGCACUCAAGGCGCCUAAAUCGAAGCCUGCGGCUACAUUCCUUCCUGAGUUAAUCGAGUCUGGCCUUAAUGUUCUGCUGUUCAGUGGUGACAAAGAUCUGAUUUGUAACCACAUUGGUACGGAGAACUUGAUUCACAACAUGAAAUGGAAGGGGGGCACUGGUUUUGAGACUGCGCCCGGUGUUUGGGCACCGCGCCACGAGUGGACCUUCGAAGGCGAGUCGGCUGGUUACUACCAACACGCUCGAAACUUGACCUAUGUUCUCUUCCACAACGCGAGCCACAUGGUUCCAUUUGAUCAGCCCCGUCAAACUCGCGAUAUGCUCGACCGAUUCAUGAACGUUGAUAUUGCCAGCAUCGGUGGCCAACCAGCGGAUUCCCGUAUCGAUGGCGAGAAGCUCCCCCAAACCUCGGUCGGUGGCCACCCCAAUAGUACCGCUGCGGAGAAGGAGGAGCAACAAAGAAUCAAAGAUACUGAAAUGCACGCCUACACAAAGUCUGGCGAGGCCAUUCUAGUAGUUGUCAUUAUCGGUGUGACGGUAUGGGGCUUCUUUAUCUGGCGCAGCCGUCGUUCCCACAAGGGCUACAAAGGUGUCAACCGCCCAUCUAUGGAACUGGGCACUUCUGUUCUCAACCGGUUCCAAAACAAGCGAUCGCGAGCUGAUGUUGAGGCUGCUGAUUUUGACGAAGCCGAAUUAGAUAGGCUUCAGUCUCCUGGUCUCGAUCAAGAGCGGUACGCUCUCGGUGGAGCCAGUGACGACGACGAAGAAGCCCAUCCUCCGGCGGAUAGCCAGAACGACAAAUCAUGA